GGGUUUAUUGACUUUCGUUUGUCAAGUUUUUUAAACGAAAACCCACUAAAAUAUAAUUUCUAUCCCCCCGUAUUUUUCUCAUUAAAUACACCAAUCCUUGCCUUUUUCUGACAAUAUUUUUAGCCUCUUAUUUAUUAGAAACCCACCUGAUCAGAAAUAAAAACAAAAAGCUUCAAUGAAAAAACAUAUGGCUUUCAAAAAGUUGAUACUCAAAUCCUUUUUGCUUAGUUGCUACAAGCCUAAAAGCCCACCUAAUUCAGAAAGAAAAUCUCUUGGUUUCAAGGAUAUAUCUUCCAGAAGAUUAUCACUUUCUGAUUUAAGCAACUCAUCGGUUUCUAUUAUGAGUGAUUUGUCCAAUUCACUUGUCGGUUCGAAUCUUCAUACUUUUACACUCAAAGAGCUUAAAAAGCUUACACAAAACUUCUCAAAAAGUAACUUUCUUGGAGAAGGUGGGUUUGGACAGGUUUACAAAGGUUUCAUCGAUGACAAGCUUAGGCCUGGGUUAAAAGCACAACCAGUUGCUGUUAAAGUAUUGGACUUGGAUGGCAAACAAGGUCAUAUGGAGUGGCUGGCUGAAGUAAUCUUUCUGGGUCAACUAAAGCAUUCCCAUCUUGUAAACUUGAUUGGGUAUUGCUGCGAGGAUGAGCAGAGGCUUCUUGUGUAUGAAUACUUGGUCCGGGGCAACUUGGACGAUCAGCUUUUUAAAAACUAUUCUGCAACCUUGCCUUGGUUAACAAGAAUAAAAAUAGCAGUUGGAGCAGCGAAAGGCCUUGCUUUCCUUCAUGAAGAAGAAAAGCCCGUCAUUUAUCGAGAUUUCAAAGCUUCUAACAUCUUAUUGGACUCUGAUUUCAAGGCAAAGCUGUCUGAUUUUGGGUUAGCAAUAGAUGGACCAGAAGGGGAUAAAACCCACGUUUCGACUUGCGUCAUGGGCACAGAAGGAUAUGCAGCUCCCGAAUACAUCAUGACAGGUCAUGUCACGACCAUGAGCGAUGUAUAUAGCUUUGGGGUGGUGCUUCUAGAGCUACUAACAGCCAGACGAUGCUUAGACAAAAGCAGACCCAAUAGAGAGCAGAACCUGGUGGAGUGGGCCAAACCAUUUAUCAAGGAUCCCCAUAAACUAGACCGUAUAAUGGACCCCAGACUUGAGGGUCAGUACUCGGCCGAAGGGACUCGGAAAGCAGCUGCACUGGCUUAUCAAUGCCUGAGCCACAACCCAAAAUCCAGACCCACCAUGACCACUGUGGUCAAGACUUUAGAGCCUCUCUUGGACUUGGUUGAUGAUAUCCCUAUUGGACCCUUUGUUUACGUUGUUCCAAUGGAAGGGAAAGAUAUUUGUGAAAGUGGAAAAGAUGGUGGUAACGAUAAUGAUAAAGAUGAUGGAGUUGGUAUGGUGAAAAAUGGCAAUGGAGGAGAAGAAAAAGAGGUGGGAAAGAAGGAAAAAGGAAUUAGUCGCCAGCGAAGAAAAUUAGGUCACAGGCAAAAGCACAGGAAUAAAUCUUUGAGGUCAAACGCCGUAUAUUCUGAUACUGCUUUGUAUAGAACUCUUGGAAGUGGUUUGUACUCAAUUGGCCAAAAGGAUUUGGAACAAAAAAACCCUCACUCUGGGGAAAAAAAGUUAAAAAGCUAGGAUAAAAUUGUUUUGACUAGCAGUUUGUACAUUGAAAUUAACUUCUUGUUUAUUGUUUACUUUUAAAGGUUGGGAUAUUAAUUUGACUAGUUUUUUUUCCAUU